UUUCAGAAAUCGUCCAUUUCGUUUUGAACCAUCGUUGAAGUUGGAACAAUUUUUAGCUUUAGUCCUGUUUUCAGUGAGUUUUCGCGAAAAUUAUACAAAAUGGUUAGGUGAUGUUACCAUAUCGGAGGUCAUAUUGACCCACGUGUUGGUAAACGGACAAUGUCAGCAAACGAAGAUCCGCAUGCCAAACCCAAGCAUGGGUCCUUCAAUCUCGGCGAUGUUGCAACAAGCGCUGCUAAAGUCCUUACCGAUGAUGAAAAAGCUCACUUGGAAGAGCAAAAUAAGCGGAUGGUUUCGGAUUUCCAUGCCCGCAAACUAGAAUUGGAUGCACGCAAACACUGGGACCUUUUCUACAAGCGGAACGAGACUAGAUUUUUCAAAGAUCGUCACUGGACAACACGUGAGUUUGAAGAGCUACUUUCCGAUGGGAGUGGUAUUUCCACCGGAAGCGCGAAAACGUUGCUAGAAAUCGGCUGUGGUGUAGGUAAUCUCGUUUUUCCGCUAAUCGAAGAAGGUCAUCGAGAUUAUUUUGUCUACGCUUGUGACCUCUCGCCACGUGCAAUUGAGCUGGUAAAGCAACAUAACCUGUAUGAUGAACAGUACAUGAUGGCUUUCCCAUGCGACAUUACCACGGAUCAAGUAUUCGAAAUGCUUGGCGAAAGCAGCUUGAAUAUAGCGACGCUCAUUUUCGUCCUAUCGGCGAUCCACCCGGAUAAAUUUGACGCGGUUGUUGGGAACAUUUUUCGGUUGAUGAAACCUGGCGGGAUGGUACUGUUUCGGGAUUACGGUUUAUACGAUAUGGCUCAGUUAAGAUUCAAGCCAGGACACAAAAUAGCCGAAAAUUUCUACAUGCGACAGGACGGAACUAGGAGUUACUACUUUGCCGAAGAUGAAGUGGGUGGCUUGUUCCGAAAGGCUGGUUUCGAAGUGGUCACGAACAGUUACAUCUACCGAAGGACAGUCAAUCCCAAGGAGAACAUUGAUGUACCUAGGAUUUUUGUACAAGGAAAGUUCCGGAAACCAUCGGGAUGAUAUCAAGAUGUUACUGCACUGCUGAGUCAUAUUUAUAUGCGAGAAGACCUUGAUUACUGACGAGAAUGUCGGAUGGAUGGAAUCUCAAUUGAAAUCCAAAAAGGAUACCUAUUGCCUCAUCUAUAGCGAAAUCUUUGCGAAUCGAUCGUAUGGAUAUUGCAUUUUCGGAGCACCGGAAAGGAAAGAAAACGGCGGUCCCUUUUGAUACAUGCUACAGACGCUAACACAGCAAGAAUCUUUUACUUAAUCGUAAUUAUAUCAUAUUUACGAUCAAUUAUUCGUU